GUGACCCUGUCUGUUAAAACCAAACUAAAGUACGACGUUAAUCAUUCCUCUUAACGUAAAGCACAUUCUGUGAAUAUAUUAUCGUGAUAUCUUCGUGAUAUAAUAAAGCGUAUCACAAGAGUAAAAUAAUUGACGUUAGCGCGGAUACUAGCAUGAAUUUCACACACAAGGGUCACCAUUGUCCAAACUUGAUGAGGUUUAUUGCAAAAAAACAUUAAAUGGUCCUAAAAAUGUCACGCUUGCCUAAUGAAAUAGGAGAAAGUACAAAAAUAUUGCAUUUGAUUUAUGGGAUUUAUCCGUAUCCUUUCCUGUUUUGCUAUUGUUCUUCUGCUUCAUCUGCACAGAGGUUUAUACUGAAGACUGUCUCCAUCAAUCAGAUGUCUACACAGGCCCCAAUCCCGGCAGCGUCUCCUCCUCGUGGACAUCGUUCGACUUUGACGAGGAAGCAUCGGGCCUCCGCCAAAGAGAUGUCCGGCUUAUCUCCUUGUGCUUAUAUGGCUUUCAAGAACGUGAAGAGAAGGUGGUUGAAAAGUAGAAAUACUUCUUCACAGAGGCAGGAGAGUGGUAGACAACAGAUGUCUCUUGAGCCCCCUGUUUCAACAUCUACACAAAAGAUGGUUACGGAGCCCUCUGUCCCGGCAGCGUCUCCUUCUCAGGAUCAUCCUUCUUCUUCACUGCCGGAAGAUCAGGCUUCAGAUAGAGGGGUGUCCAUAGCAUCUCCUCAAGCUUCUGAGGCCUCCAAGAAACAAAAAAGAAGGAGGAAAAAGAAAAACACUUCUUCACAGAGGCAGGAGAGUGGUAGACAACAGAUGUCCCUUGAGCCCCCUGUUUUGACAUCUACACAAAAGAUGGUUAUGGAGCCCUUUGUCCCGGCAGCGUCUCCUUCUCAGGAUCAUCCUUCUUCUUCACUGCCGGAAGAUCAGGCCUCCGAUAGAGAGGUGUCCAUAGCAGCUCCUCAAGCUUCUGUGGCCUCCAAGAAACAAAACAGAAGAAGGAGGAAAAAGAAAAAUACUUCUUCACAGAGGCAGGAGAGUGGUAGACAACAGAUGUCCCUUGAGCCCCCUGUUUCAACAUCUACACAAAAGAUGGUUACGGAGCCCUCUGUCCCGGCAGCGUCUCCUUUUCAGGAUCAUCCUUCUUCUUCACUGCCGGAAGAUCAGGCUUCAGAUAGAGAGGUGUCCAUAGCAUCUCCUCAAGCUUCUGAGGCCUCCAAGAAAAAAAAAAGAAGGAGGAGGAAAAAGAAAAAUAUUGCUUCACAAAUGCUGGAGAAUGAGGGACAGGAGAUAUCCACAGAGCUGCCCGUCCCAGCAGUGUCUCCUCCUCAGCAGGAGAGUCUUACAGAGAGUCUGGAUGAUCCAAAUCCAGACGAAUCUGAGUCCCAGCUUCCUCCAGCAGCUGCUAUGGAUCCUGCAUCAGCAGAUAUUCCAGAAAGCCAGGAAGAGAACAGCACACUGGAGACUGAGACCACAGUUGAUGAUAUGUGCAAGAUGCUGAAUGGACUCCAUGUGUCCACAGAGCUCACAGGCUUACCUACACCACCUGCUGUACCUCAUUUUAGGCAUUAUCCUCCUGCCUCCAUCUCCGCUAUGACGCGUCCCUCCACAUUAAGUUUUAUAUUGCAUCCAACAUUUGUUUUUACACCGAGUCAGCAGACUGACACUAGUCCGAUGACUGGACAAGAAAUGUCUGUGAAGCCCCAAGUGACAGCAGACACCAGAGCAUCACCUUCUCCACCUCAAAAACCUGCCUUGAAGCUGGAGAAUGAUGCUUCAUCCGGAGAUGUCUCUAAACAAUCUCCUGGGGUUGCUAAGCUCUCCAAGAAGAAAGCUUCCAUACAAAGGCAGGAGAAUGAUGGACAGGAAAUGUCCACAGAGUCGCCCGUCCCGGCAGCGUCUCCAACUCAUGUUUUUAGGCAGACGAGUCUUACAGAACAACUCGAUGGUCCAAACUCAGCCGAAUUUGGGCCCCAGUUACCUCCAGAAGCUACUGUUGAUCCAACAACAGCGGAUCUUCCAGAGUGCGUGUAUGAGAGCAGCAUACUGGACUCUGAUACCACCAUUGAAGAUGUAUGCAGGCUGGAUGAAUUCCAACUUUCAACAAAGCCCCCAGCUCUACCUACACCACCUGCUGUACCUCAGCAUAAUCCUCCUGCCUCGAGCUUCCCUACGAAGUGUAACUUUUUUAACAAAAUCAGACAAUGGGUGGACAGGAAAAGUCAACAGACCCCCCUCCUACAGCAGCUUCUCAAUUUCAGCUGGAGAGUCUUACAUGUAGUCUGGAUGAUUCAAGUUCAGCCAAAUUUGAAUCCCAGCUUCCUCCAGCAGCUGCUGUGAAUCCAUCAACAGCUUUAUCAGAGAGCCAGGAGAGCACUGACACCAAUAUUGAAGAUAUUUGCAAGGUGCCGAAUGGACUCUAAAAAAAAAAAGAAAAUCAGACAACAUGUGCACAAUAAAGUAAACCUACUCCCCUGCCACAGCCGCUUCUCCACCUCUGCUGGAGAGUCUUACAUGUAGUCUGGAUGAUUCAAAUUCAGCCAAAUUUGAAUCCCAGCUUCCUCCAGCAGCUGCUGUGGAUCCAACAACAGCAUCUUUAUCAGAGAGCCAGGAGAGCACUGACACCAAUAUUGAAGAUAUUUGCAAGGUGCCGAAUGGACUCUAUGUGUCUACAAAACCCCCAGCCUCACCUACACAGCCUGUUGCAUAAUCCUCCUUGCCUCAAGCCUCUAUAUGACACACCCCUCCACAUUUGCUUUUAUAUCACCUCCAACAUUUGUUUUGCAAAAAAUUCGACAACGUGUGCACAAGAAAGUAAACCUACUCCACUGCCACAGCCGCUUCUCCACCUCUGCUGGAGAGUCUUACAAAUAGUCUGGAUGAUUCAAAUUCAGCCAAAUUUGAAUCCCAGCUUCCUCCAGCAGCUGCUGUGGAUCCAACAA